CAUUUUCUAUGACUUAAAAAUAAGAAAAAAUCGGUGUAUUUAUUUCUCUAUUACGGACUUUAUUACAUUAAGUAAAUAAAAUGGAUUUGAAUAGACUUCCCAAUGAUAAGAAACUGCAGUUGUGUAGAUGGUAUUUCAAAGUUGGUUGCGUCUUUCUACCAUUUGCGUGGGCUGUAAACGCUGUAUGGUUCUUCAAAGAAGCGUUCGUAAAGCCACCUUUUGAGGAACAGAAGCAGAUAAAAAAAUAUGUGAUAAUGAGUGCAGCUGGAGCAGUGGUGUGGGCCUGCGCCCUUAUAGCCUGGGUGACCAUUUUCCAGAUGAACAGAGUAUCAUGGGGAGCAACGGGAGAUUUGCUUUCAUUUAUUGUGCCUCUUGGGCGACCUUAGUGUAAUAUAGGGCUUUUGUAAGUUGUGUAGUAACAAUUUAGUGUGACCACUUGUGCCUACCUGAGUUUGAAAUUAUGAUAAACAAGCUGUUAUGUGUGACUUUGCGUGGAAAAAUUGCUUAUGUUGCUCAUUGGUAGCAGUAUAGUUUAAUGGUGAAAUAAUUUUUUAUGUCAGUCCAGUAAUUUUUGACUUUUUUAUACAUACAAAAAUAUAAAUAUUUCCACUUUAUUAGUUUAGAUUAAUAUAUUCUAUACUACUGCACUAUGUUUAGUUUGUAUGAUAGUGAAUUUUGAAUGAGUUUGUAUUUAAUAUAUUAAAUAAGAACCUUUAUGUAUUGUUAUGUAAGACUGGCUGUUCCAGUGCGACUUCAUCCGCAUGGAAUUAUGAAAAUUUUAUUUUAUUGUUUACAUUUGUCAAAUUAUCAAUUACAAAUGUCAAAAUAACAUGACAUGAUGACAACUUAGCUUCCUUGAUGUUGCCAGCAACUUAUGGUCUCUUUCCCACAUUAAGGUUUUUAUCCAAAAUAUUUACCUCUAUGUUUAAUAGCGU